CGCAGCUGGCAGUUACAUACGCAGUCGUCUUAACUCACGUGCAAAUCGGAUUGGCUCAAUAUGGGCAAACUGUAAUGGUUCAAUCAAAAACGAAUAUCAGAAGUGAUGCUAUUAACGAGCUUCAGUAGAAAGUUAGUCAUUACUUAACGCUAAAUGGUUAGGCAAUGCAGUGUGGAAUUUGACAGGUAGAUAAGCUACUACAAGCGAAUGCGUUACCUUUGAUUUCUAACGGAUUCAAGUCGCUUAUACGUAUAUAGACACAGCGGUAGUAGCCUAGAACAUAACUAGGCUAGCUAGCUAGCGGAGAAAAUCGAAAACCGGUUAAGCAACUUUAUUUUGAAGUUGAAAGCUAACCAACGAACCGACACAUUUGCUACGUAUCUGCUUUAAGGUAUUGCUCGCUUGAGAAUGAUCAAGUUUUAUGAAGUUGGUCACUGCAAGGUAACUACUGUAUAACCACGUUGGCUGCGCUGCAAGCUUCUCAGUAUCAGCUAGGCUACUGUACCGAUAACCACUAGCUAGCCAGCUACAAGCUAAACUUCAUGUUUUGCCGCACAAUAUUCUGCUAUGGUGGACAACGGAGAUAUGAACGACAAUGUCAAUUACCAUGCAACUGGGGACCCACAACUGGAUAAGGCAAUACAUGAAUGGAAAACUUGGGACAAGAAUCCACAGACAAGGGCACAGGUGGAGGCCCUAUUGCAGUCUGGUGAUGAAGAGGAGCUAAGGCGAAGGAUGUGCUCCAGGAUGACGUUCGGGACGGCAGGGUUAAGGGCUGCCAUGGGUGCCGGCUUUGCCCGAAUCAAUGACCUCACUAUCAUCCAGUCUACACAGGGUAUAUACAAAUAUAUAUCUGAAACCUUUCCUGACUUCAGCAGUCGUGGUAUAGUGGUCGGAUAUGACAUACGAGCACAGGAGGCCAGUGGUUGCACUAGUGAAAGGCUUGCCAAGUUAACUGCUUCUGUGAUGCUCUGUAAAGGAAUUCCAGUUUAUCUCUUCUCUACAUAUGUCCCCACCCCCUUUGUGCCAUAUGCUGUUAUGAGACUAGGAGCAGCCGCUGGAGUGAUGGUUACUGCCUCACACAACCGUAAGGAGGACAAUGGAUACAAGGUCUACUGGCAUAAUGGUGCACAGAUCUCAUCACCUCAUGACAAAGAGAUCCUGAGGUGCAUUGAGGAGAGUGUAGAGCCUUGGAGCGAGUCCUGGAUUGAGACGCUAGCAGACAGCAGCCCCCUAAGCAGUGAUCCUCUGCCAGACAUAUGUAAAAGUUACAUGGAGGAGUUGGAUUCCAUCUGUUUUCACAGAGAGCUCAACAUAAAGUCCCCAUUAAAAUUUGUCCACUCAUCCUUCCAUGGAGUAGGCCACAACUAUGUCCAGCAGGCCUUCCAGGCAUUUGGCUUUCCUCCUCCCAUCCCUGUACCGGAGCAGAUGGAUCCCGAUCCAAACUUUACCACCGUCCAAUGUCCAAAUCCAGAAGAGGGAGAGUCUGUUUUGGAGCUCUCUCUUCGCCUUGCUGAGAGAGAGAGUGCGAGGAUUGUCAUGGCAACAGAUCCUGAUGCAGAUCGCUUGGCUGUUGCAGAGCAGUCUGAUGGGUCUGGGUGGAAAGUCUAUACAGGAAAUGAGCUAGCAGCUCUGCUGGGCUGGUGGAUGCUGUUCAACUGGAAAGAGAGCCACCCCGAUCCAGCAGACACCGAGAGGGUGUACAUGCUGGCCACGACAGUCUCCUCCAAAAUCCUCAAGGCCUUUGCCCGGCUAGAGGGCUUCCACUUUGAGGAAACUCUACCUGGUUUCAAGUGGAUAGGUAAAAGAAUACACGAGCUGUCCAAAACGGGGAAGGAAGUAAUAUUUGCCUUUGAGGAGUCUAUUGGGUUCCUGUGUGGCAGUGUGGUGCCAGAUAAAGAUGGUGUGAGUGCAGCUGUGGUUGUGGCUGAGAUGGCAACCUAUCUCUACAGCAAGAACCUUACCCUUCACCAGCAGCUGGAUAACAUCUAUGAAAUAUACGGUUAUCACAUAUCCAAAACGUCCUACGUGAUCUGCAAUGACCCCCCACUGGUGAGCAGAAUAUUCGGACGUGUCCGCAACUUCGAAGGGACGGGCACGUACCCUAAGUCAUGCGGAGGCUACAGCAUAACCCAUGUGAGAGACGUGACCACAGGCUAUGAUAGUAGCCAGCCCGACAAACGUUCUGUACUACCUGUGACAAAGAGUAGCCAGAUGAUCACUUUCACUCUACAGAAUGGAAUUGUGGCCACUCUAAGGACCAGUGGGACAGAGCCCAAGAUAAAAUACUACACAGAGUUCUGUGCAUCACCAGGGAAAAGUGACAUCUCAAGCCUGGAGGAGGAGCUUGAGAGAGUUACUCAGACUCUCGUUGAGGAUUUUCUGGAGCCUGAAAAGAACAACUUGAUCCGUCGAUUAAUCUAGGUGGGAUCUCUGUAUACUUUGUGUGUGCAUCCUUUCAUAGUGUAUCAUCCUUAUUGCGUUCUAUGAAUGUUUAUCCUCACAGUGAAACCUCGUGUCAAUUGCUGGUUUGAGCUUUCCCCCCCCCCAAACGGAUUGUAAAAGGAAAUAUAUAUUUACAUUUAUUUUUUUGCAUUUCCAUGAAAAUAACCACAAUGCAUUGAAUUAUGGUCCUCCUGCAGAACAAUCAAAACAGACCCAGUUCCAUCACCUUGGUGUUUAGUCACAACACUAGAUGUGUUGAGACUGUGUCAGUCUCUCUGGGUCUGUACACUGUGUGUGUGUGUGUAUGUAUGUAAACAUAAAACCUCUCUUAUUCAAUGCUGCUUUUAACGUACAAACGAUGGUAGAACUUCACCAAAAGACACAUGGUCAUGUGAAACUCGCUGCAUGAACACGUCUGUAAAACAGCUGACACACUCCCUUGCUUUCUCCACAACCAUCAGUGUGGCUAAGGCUUCUGUUUACUUUCAUUAGAUAGAGGGGAAAAAGGUGAACCAAACUGAUCAAAAGAGACUAUCAGAUGAGAAACAAACCUUAGUAUUGUCACAUUCACCUGAUAUUCUUUUGAGAAACCAGGGCUGCUGUUCCAUAAGAAAAGCUUUUUAAAAGGGCCAAUUAAAGAUAUAUAUAUGUCUUAAGCAAGCUGCCUCCUAUUUCCAAAUACAGUGUCAGUAUGACAUAUACCAUACAAUUUAAUAGUUGCAGAAUGUUUUUGCAUGCAGUAUUAUGCUAUUCCCUUGGACUGAAUGAUGGCAAUUCCACUAGGUGUCCACUAGGUGUCAGGGUAGGCAACUACUGGGUUGGCUGCAAGGUGUCUUGAGACGUAUUGAAAGGAGAAUAUUAAUUAUUGGUCAGCUUGUUGCAACGGUCAGCCAUAUAAAUAUUUAUGACUGAAAAACAUGUUGCGUAGACCAUGCUGAAAGGUCAUGGUCUCAUCUUCACUUAAUGUUUUCAGAAGUAAAUCCAAGUUUUACUAUUGUUUAGUAAGACAUGACACACAAGUAACUUGUGUACAUUUUCAUAAUAUAUAUAAAUAUCUACAUUAUCAGUUAGCCUAGAAAAUUGUCCAAAUUGCAUUGUAUGCAAAUUACUGUAUAUUAUGCAUGGUAUGUUUGCGGCAGUAUUUAUUACUAAAACUGCAAAACCUUUGUUUUCCGGUCUGCUGAAAAAACGGAAGACCAAGUUAGUUAUUGAUAACUGUUUAAGCACUUUUUCAUCCAGUAUUGGUUCACCUUCUUUGGUUAGGAAAAUAAAAGUACAAAGACAACCUGUUCAAUCUGUAUUACAAGUUUUUGAUUUAUUCAAAUGUUCUUUGAGUCCCGCUCUGAAAUAAGCAAUGCGAAUAAACUGUCUAGUGCAAAGUAUCUGAAGCUUAAACCGUAUCACUGUAUUCAACCUGGAUAAACAAACCAAUCAUAAGAUUCUAUUUUUAUAUAUUAUUUUUGAAUGUAUUAGACAACUUUUCAGUAUAUACUGGAAUUGAAAAGGUGGGUGGGGGGUACCUGAAAGGUGUCCAUUCAGGUAUAUCACUCAAAAACCCAAUAUGAGUAGAACAACAUAUGUAAUGUCCUUGUUGGGGACACCUUCAAUAUUUAAUUAUGUUCAUUAUAAAUGUGUCAAAUCCAUAUUCACAGAUUUUGGAACAUGUUUACCCGUUAAUAAUCCUUAAGAACCAGGCAUCCGAGCUACAAAGUAGAAAUAAUUCAAGAAGGUUUUUUGUAAUAUGAUUUGAUUUGUAACAUUUUGCAAAGACUCAAAGCUACAGUUCUGAGGAACUACUUAAAUGCAUAUGUGUAGUCUUAUCUAUUCAGAAGUGUGUUGAUGUUUUCUUGUUUCCCAAAUUUAAAAAAGUGGCCCAAAAAACAUUUUUUUACUUGCUCCACUCUAGAAUCUUGAAUGUGAAGGGGGGAGGAAUGUGCAAGACUUGCUCAAGGUCCUAAAAGUAAUUGAGGUUUUAAAGUUAGAAUAGCUGGAUAAUAGGCAUGCAACCCAUUGCAUACUAACUGAUGGAUCACUAUAUUUGUGACAGAAAAACUGGCCUUCAAUCUAUAUUAAUUUAAAUGUAAUUUGCUGCAGCCAGUCUGUUCUGUAUUUUUUUUGUUUUCCUAUCCUGUUUGGAAGUUAAGACCAUAAAACUUGGAUUUCAAAAAAGUAAUCUUUAUUUUUGCAUGUAAACAAACAGGACAUCCCUAUAAACUUUGUAUGUAAAGACAUUUUUUCAUCAAUGCUUUAAAUUCAGAAAUGUUUCAAAAUACAUGUCCUAGUAGUUGUCAAAUAAAUGAACCAUUGAAAAUGUG